UUUGCGAACAUGGCGGCGUCUUGACAAGUGUCCUGUGGAAACUUGUAAACAUCAUUUCUCGUGUUGGGCGUAUUUGAUAUAAUCGAACAUGGGUUUGGAGCUGCUGUGUGUCCCAUUGCGGCUAUACUUCAGGCAGUCUCAACUGGGUCACAUCUCGCAGAAAGUGCUUCUCACUGUACGGACGUCGACACGCAACAUAGGAACCAGCAGGCCGGUUCACCUCCAGCGGAACGCAGCGGGACCGAGCAGCGAGGUCUUCGGGCAGCUGGCAGCUCGUCGCUGCAUUUCCACCGCCGUACAGAAAGAUAUCACCUUGUUCCAGCACGACAGGUCCGGCUUCUUCCGCCUCCUCGCCAUCUUCUGUGGUGGACAGUUUCUCUUCUGGACCUACCUAGCGCAUUUCGCUUACACCGGGCUCCGAGACACCGGAAGAUCGUCGGAAAAGUCAGAAGCUAAGUCCCGAACCAGCACCGCGUUGGCAGGGAUCUGGAGCUUCGACAUGAAUCUGGGUUCCAGCGCAUGGAGGUACGGAUUCACGCUGGGCUGCCUGGCGAUCGGAGCAGGCAUUUGCGGACUCGGAGUUCUAUUCUGCCGACGUUCUGUCAACCAGGUGAUUCUUCACCGAGGAGGGAAGCUGGUCACCAUCACUACACAGUCCCCCAGGGGAGCCGGGAAAGGACGCAAAAUAUCCGUCCCUCUUUCCGAAGUGGCUUGUCAUGCUCACAGAGAGGAGACCACUUCGUUUAUCCCCCUCAAGGUCCGAGGACACAAGUUCUACUACCUUCUGGACAAGGAAGGGACAGUGAACAAUGUCAGACUCUUUGACAACACCGUUGGAGCUUACCGCCCAUUUUAAGGCUUCCCUCAGCACUGGCACAGAGAUUUUGUUCAGAAAUACAUCAAUAAAUAAUUAUGCUUUACAUUGGAA